AUGGGUGAAGAGCAGAAGCAAACGGAAGCUCCUGGGCACACCCAUAUUGAGCUCCUAACAAGCAAAAUGAACUCACAGCCAGAUGAAGCUAUAACCGCGGCAGACCUUGAAGCCGGAGAGGUGGUUGCCAGCGGCGAUGUGAUGAAAUACACCGAAGACGAUGAUGAAGCAAUGAAGGCGCUGGCAAACUACGAUGGUCCACCGUUGGUCCUGGAUGAUGCAACAAAUCGGAGAUUACUUCGCACAAUAGAUUGGCAUCUUAUGCCCGUACUUUUCUGCGUGUUCGGUCUCAACUACCUGGACAAGACGACUCUUUCCUAUGCAAGCAUCAUGGGACUCAAAGAAGACAUACAUCUAGAGGGAGAUGAAUAUCAAUGGCUAGGAUCGAUUUUCUAUAUCGGUUGGCUGGCCUGGGAAUACCCGACUAGCCGACUCCUACAGCUUUUACCUCUGGCCAAAUAUUCAGCUUUCUGUGUUACAACCUGGGGAAUAAUACUGACUCUGUUUGCGACCGUGUCGAACUUCCAGGGAGCUGUGGCGAUUAGAUUUCUUCUCGGUGUGUUUGAAGCUGCCAGUAUGCCGGCCUUCGCUUUGCUCUCUUCACAGUGGUAUACUGUUCACGAGCAUAAUUUGAGAGCAGGUAUUUGGAUAAGUGCAAACGGAUGUGGUCAAAUAGUUGGCGGCUUGGUAGCAUGUGGUAUUUCUCGACGUCUCUCGGCAAUCGACGCCGCCAUUGCUGGUUGGAAAGUCAUCUUCAUUGCCACGGGCUGUUUCACGGUUUGUAUAGGCAUUUUAUUUUACGUGGUCAUCCCCGACUCCCAACUCAAUUGCCGUUGGCUCAACGAGAGGGACCGCCUACUUGCGAUCCAGCGCGUCCGUGAGAAUGAACAAGGCAUUGGCAACCGACAUUUCAAGUGGUACCAAUUUCGUGAAGCACUGCUAGAUCCUCUCAAUUGGGCCUUGUUUAUGUACGGUGUUUUAUCGGAUAUUCCAAACGGCGGCCUUACGAACUUUUUCAGCCAACUCAUCGUGAGUUUCGGAUAUACUUCGCAGCAAAGUCUACUCUAUGGUAUACCCGGAGGUGCCGUCGUGAUAAUUGCCUGUUUGUUAAAUGGCUGGACAGGUGAUCGCUACCAUAAUCGGACGCUUGUGGCAUGUGUACCGAUGGCAGUAGCAUUGAUAGGCAUCAUCUUGAUUAUUGCUUUGCCUAUCGCAGGUGACAGCUACAAUAUCGGACGACUGAUUGGUUAUUAUUUGACACAAGCGAUUCCUGCUACGGGGGCUACAGUCCUAUCCCUUAUCUCUAGCAAUAUCGCAGGCUACACCAAGAAAACAACAGUCGCCGCAUUAUAUCUCAUUGGAUAUUGCGCAGGAAAUAUCAUUGGGCCGCAGACAUUCAGUCCCAAGGAUGCACCGCGUUGGCGUGACUUUACAGACAAGGAGAAUCCUGAAUUUGUUUAUGCUCUUUAG